AUGUAUUAUAUAUUCUACAUUACUUCAUAUACUUGUUGUUUUUCAGCACUGGAAGCUUUUAACCAGCACAUAGGAUUGGAUUCUCUUGCUUCAGCCUCUCAGAGGCAGACUGAGCGUGACCUAGACUCGCUCAGCGUGACGACGGACGAUCUGUUGGCGUUUCCAGCAGACGGAUCGCUGCCCUUUGUCCAGCCUAGUCCUUUGAAAUCAAGGCAUGGACGUGCCCUCGUGGCUCGAUACCGGGAGCGGUUUCAGUCCCAGGUGAAGGGGAAAGCUGCUGCUCGCCAGAGUCCGCACAGAGACUUCAGGAAAGAGAAACACGAUGUGUGUACACCUGAUAGGUCCGAUUCUGCCUCCUCUAAAAGACGUUUAAGAUCUUUUAAAGAGAAUUCUGACACUUUAAAGAAUUAUCCACUGUGGCUUACCAGUCAGAAAUCCAACUUAAGCGUAUCGGGGAUAAGUAGCAUUCCCAGUUUGCGCUACCCAGGCUGGCUGAAGAGUUACAGCCUUCUUUCUGCUUCAACUAAAGAAAGCCAUGGCCAAAACUGUAAUACAGAGAGCAAAGCUUCCUAUUCACAGACUUUGGAGACCCUGGAAGCAAGACACUGUGUAGAUAAAGACCUUUCUUCUAAGUUUUUUGAACAAAACGGCAGCCUGGAUCUGAGAAGUGAUAGCGAAGUAGGAGAAAGUAGCGACUGUGACGGUCCAGAUGCACGCUUCCCCGUUGAUAACUCGUUUUCAAGAGGCACUAAAAAGCCAUUCAGAGAAGAGCAGCUUGAGCUACUGACCCUGAAGGCUGGCAGAGAUACAGAGAGAUCAACUGGAGAUCUGGCAAACAAUCUGGGAAGUGAUGGCAGUCCUUCUGCUACAGAUAUACUCGGAGGAGAAAGGUCAUGGGAAGAAGCUCCAGCUGCUUUCAAACCACCGGUGCCUGCGUGCUGCGAGGACGUGGAGAACGCUCUACCGCUCCCCAAGGCAGAUAUCAUACAGAAAUUCUUGGAAGACUGCUUAAAUGACAAAAAUAAGGUCAGUAAAACUGAAGAUCUAUUUCUGAGUGUGCCCAAAAUG